UAAACACUAGCAGCUCAAUUGAUGUAGAUAGAAAAUAAAAUAUAGUAGAUUUAAUUAAAAAAUUAUAUUGAUAAUAAUAAUGUAACUGAAGAGCGUUGCUUAUGUUAACGAUUCCCAGCGCAGACUGGGUGUUGAUCCUGAUAUUGACGUUAACAUUGACGCAAUGUUUGUGGUAACAUAAAGCGCUAAAAACUUGUGUCAACAACAGAGGAUGAUAUGUAUCACGUUUUUAUCAGUGGAUACCGCCUGGUGGAGGCAGACCAUGGCAAAUCAUUUUAUGUUUAUACUAUUGAAGUGACGGAUACUAAUACCACUGCUAAAUAUACUAUUGAGAGGCGAUAUAGUGCCUUCAACGCGCUGCACAGACGAUUGAAGAAAAUAAAUGACACGGUAGCAUUUCCUCCAAAACGAGUCCGGAAUUCUCAGCCCAAAGUAUUAGAACAAAGGCGGAGUGGUUUGGAGCACUAUAUUACUAAAAUGCUUCAAUUAUCAGAGACUAAACAGCAAGUGCUAGAAUUUUUGGGAAUCGAAAGCAGUAAAAAUUCCAACGCCAGGACAAAUUCCAGAAGACCCGAAGUAAAAAAAGAUUCCAAUGGUAUUGAAUCACGAAGUGCAAUAGGACAUCACCCUGUGAUAACGUUCGCGUAUGACCCGUACGUAAAUCCUGAUAAUAACUCAAGUCUUCCUAAUAUCGUAAUACAAGGAGUAUUGGACGGUAUUUAUAACCCAUAGAGUUCACGUUUAUUUAUUUUUAAAUUUCAAAAUCAACAUAUCGCCAAAUGAACUAAGUAAUUUAAAAAAAAAAAUAAUAAUAAUAAUAGUUGUAUCAACUCAUCUGUGAUGUAAAUCUGUAAAUUAUAUAUUUAAAUACAUAAAUUUUUAUUUUCACUGUACAAAUAAUCGCUAAGUUUGAUUACCAAUUACGUAUUUAAGGUGUUACUUUAAAGGUAUUGACUAUCGCUUAAAGAUACGUAAAUUCUUAAGUAAUGACCUAAUGACACUUACCCUCUAGUCGUGGUGAAUAAUAGCAGCGAUGACUCACGACUAAUGAGUCGUCUAGGGUUUACAGUCUCGAGUUUCACUCUGUAUAAUAUGGAUUACUAAUAAAAUCCAAAUGGGUGUAGUCAGUGAGGGAAUAGUAAUAAAGGACCAAGGACCGGGGACUUAAUAUUAAAAAAGUCAUUAAAAUUUAAUAAACAUUAUUUGUUUUAAUUUUAUUGUA